CUCCCGGUGACACCGCGCGCUCAGCGCUGGACAUCCUAGUGUCCCUAAGUCACUGCUGACAGACUUACAAUGAUCCUGCGCCGCUAGGGGACCGCGCGCCUUUAUCAUCAGGUCAAGGAGAUACUCGCGGAGACUGAAGGUUCAUUUGGAGAGCUGCAGUGCUCUAGAGACGCGAUGGAGACCUCCAGCAGCGUGCCAAACACCGCCGCGCUCACGCGACUUCUGAACUUCACAGAGGACCCAGCCAGCUUCUCGGAGAAGCCUCCCAUGGCAGAGUUGCGCGCCACAGAAGAGCCGCUGUCUCUCGUGCUCAGCAGCUUCAGGACUGACGUGGCUCCAGCGGGGCUCCUGGCGGGUCCAUUCUCGCCCUCUGAAGAGCCCACUCACCUGAUUGUGGCUUUCUGGGAUUCACCAUUGAGUCACUGGAUUAAUGUGUUUGUUGGCUUUGUCCUGUGCUUCACCAUGCUGGGGCUGGGCUGCACGGUGGAGCUCAGUCAGCUGGGCGAGCACAUCCGAAAGCCCAUAGGAGUCCUGCUGGCGGUGCUGUGCCAGUUUGUCCUCAUGCCCCUCAUCGCCUUCCUCCUGGCUCUGGCCUUCUCCCUCAAUGAUGUGGCCGCUAUGGCUGUGCUGCUUUGCGGCUGCUGCCCUGGAGGAAACCUCUCCAACAUCAUGUCAUUGCUGGUCAACGGCGAGAUGAACCUCAGCAUCGUCAUGACCAUCUCGUCCACUGUCCUGGCGCUCGUGCUCAUGCCGCUGUGUUUGUGGAUGUACAGCCGCGCUUGGAUCAACACACCCGUGGUCAACCUUCUGCCCUUCGGCGCGAUCAUUCUCACUCUCUGCAGCACCCUCAUUCCCAUCGGGCUCGGGGUCUGGCUCAGACAGCGCUAUGCUCGAGUGGCAGAAAUCAUCAUUAAGGUGUCUCUGUGGUCUCUCCUGGUCACUCUGCUGAUGCUCUUCAUCAUGACUGGAACUAUGCUGGGCCCGGAGCUGCUGGCCACCAUCCCUGCCUCCGUCUACCUGGUGGCCGUGCUCAUGCCCAUGUCCGGCUACGCAGCAGGAUACGGCCUGGCCACGCUCUUCGACCUGCCCCCCAACAGUCGGAGGACUGUGUCUUUAGAAACCGGAUGUCAGAACGUGCAGCUCUGCACAGCCAUCCUGAAGCUGGCGUUCCCUCCGCAGCUGAUGGGAGGCAUGUAUAUGUUUCCUCUGCUGUACGCACUCUUCCAGGCAGCAGAGGCUGGCAUCUUCAUUCUGGUUUACCGCAUGUACAGGACAGAGGUACUACAUAAACAGGACCUCAUGCAGGAUGAUGAUGAUGAUGAUACAAACAUAUCCUACAAGAGAAUGAAAGAAGAAGAUGAUGUGCCGUUUGAUUCUAUCUAUGGUGCGGUAACAGUGAGCGAUCCCAAUGUCAUUGUGCUAGAGUCACAGGAUGGUGUUGGAAGCCCCACGCCUGUAUAAGGGGACAAAAACAACCGACUUGAGACUCACUAUAGACACAGGACCUGCAUAUUUACAUUAGGAUUUAUUCAUGUCAUCACUCACUGUUGAAUUUAUGACUAAUUACUCACAGCAUUCUAACUAAUAUGUGCCAAAAAGGAUUGCAAGACUGUGAAAUUGGAAACUAAUAUCAUCAUGACAUCACACAGUGGCGAUACUGAAUUUGAAUAUCCCGAGCCAAUAUUUGAAAUCUUUAUCUAAACACACUAGCCAGAUAUUACAAUUCAAUGGCAUUUUCUGAAUUAGCAUAAAAUAUAUGCCAAAUUCAAAAACAAAUGCACAUGCUGGGGGAGAUUUAUUAAUAAAAAAAUAUUUAAAAAAAUUAAUAAUACCAUUUUUAGACAAAUAUAAUUAUUAUGUUAAAUAGAUAAUUCUAUAUCAUUCUUAAAUUAUAUAAAACUAUACAUAUAUAUACACACACAGAGAGAGAGGUUUAUGUCUAUGUAAAUUAUAUAUUUUUAGUUCAGAGAAUUCAUUCAUACAUUCAUUCAAAUAAUGUAAAAGACAUUUUCAGAGUGUCAUGGAUGUAUGCAAAUCCACCAUUAAUAUAGAUUUAUGCUGCUGUUUGUAAAUGAAUCCUGCUAUUACCCCAGUAAAAGGAUUACAUUG